UUGUUCUUAUUGGAAAGACUGGGGUCGGUAAGAGUUCGACGGCUAACACUCUAAUGGGUGGAAGGAGGUAUUUCAGAGCUGAGGCAAGUGUUAAUUCAAUCACAUCAGAUUGUGAUUGUAAUACAUAUAUCAACGGUUCAAUGUCUUACAAGAUUGUCGACACACCAGGAUUUAUGGAUACUGGUGCAGAUCAGAACGAAAUAAGGAAAGAAAUCGCAGCGUCACUACAACUUGCAACUCCUGGUCCACAUGUAUUCCUGAUUGUGUUAAAAUUCAACCGUUUUACAAAGGCAGACGAGGAUGUUAUCUUUGAAAUAAAGAAACUAUUUGGGGAAAGGUUUACUAGCUUUGCCAUCCUACUAUUUACCAAUGGGGAUGCCAUAAAACAUGACAUGAACGAUGACUUUAGUGAGGAAGAAUAUCGACAAGAAUGUGAGAAAUUGUUUUCCGAAGCGGUUAAAACAAGACCGGUAAUCGCGAAGCUUCUUGAACAAUUUUCUGGGAGAAUGUUUGUAAUCGACAACAGAUCUAAAGAUAAGAAGGCCGAAGCAUCUCGUCUUUACAAUGCUAUACACGAAUGGGGGCUUGGUACAAACUUCUGUUCUGAUAAACAUCGCCUUGCAGAAAUAAUGAAAGAGGAAGAAAAUGAGAUGAUUGAAAGAAAAAAGAAGGAGGAGCAAGAUAGGAAAAAUGAAGCGGAACGGAAAAGACUUAUCAGGGAGGAUGAGGAGAUAAAGCAAAAGGUACACGAUGUGGAAGAAUUUAAGGAAGACCUGGCAGUUAAAACUCAUAAAAUGAAGAAUCUAGAAUUGGAAUUCAAUAGAAGCGUUCAGCUGAAGCAAAAGGUACUUCAAUCCAGAGCUGAAGAGCUACACGGUCAUUCCACAUAUAAGGAGACAUUUAAGGUUCCAAACUUUUGA